AUGACUGCAGAUCCAAGCAUUGUGGACCGUGCAGUACCGCUGUCGCAUUUGAACCACUACGAAGCACUGGAACUUGCAGUAUAUGGCACGCGGAUGUUCCACGCCCGCAUGACGGUGCCGCUGAUCAAGAGCGACGUAAUGAUGUUCAUCCGCAACAUGAUGGACCCCAGCGGCCGUGGUACCUACAUUAGUGCGGCUGGCCGCACAGGUACACACGAGACGUGUACCACGUCGUUGGAGCGUCUCGCGAUCAUCGAGGCUCGUACUCGCAUUUUGCAAGACGGGAGCAGCCGACACGAGAACAUUGGUGCUCGUGUGACCGCAGUACUGGAGGCGCUUAAGAUUCCCGUGUGGCUGUCCAUUCGUGGUGCACAUGGACAAGCUAUUAGUGUGGUAGUGCCUGUGGAGAAGGAGUCACAAGCCUGUGCAGCUAUUAAUGCCGAGCUAAGUGCUGAGAUCGCGUCUCACGAGGUCGAUUCCGUGAACUCGGAGUCCCCGGUGACGAUGCUGUCUGUUGUAGCAGAGGACCUUUCUAAGGUGUCGAACCAUCGGGCGAACUUUUUUGGUUCUCUAGCUGACGCUGGUAUCGAAGUGUUGGCUAUCGGUCAAGGCACGAGCUCCCGUUCCUUAAGUUGUGUCGUUCGUGGUAUUGACACAAAGGUGGCCGUGCGUCGCGUGCACGAUGCUUUCAAUGUGGACUAUCUCGUUACGAACAUUGUGCUGUUGGGCUGUAACCAUAUUGCAUUGGACGUUGUCCGUCAACUUCAGAAGCAGCAGGAGCUGUAUCGCUCUCAGCACAAGGUACGCGUGAACAUCGUUGGGUUCAACUCCAACUGCUACGACUUUGUUUAUGAUCCCAAAGGAUUUGGAUAUGAAGAACUUGUCUUGCGCUUGGAAGACUCCAAAAGCAAGAAUGCCAUGACAUCCGUGUCAUCCACGAGUGAGUCGAUGUUGUACGCUGGUGCUCCAUCGCUCGAGCAACUGAGCCAGCUGCAGGAGUUGUCGAUCCCGAUCGUGCUCGACUGUUCCGGCCAGAGUAAUACACAAGGCCUGUAUUCAGCCUGCAUCGAUCGCGGCAUUCACAUUGUCACAUCCAACGCACGCUCAGUGUGUCGCCUUCCUUCUACUCCGUCGCGUGAGAGUGUUGCCGUUACCACUUGGACCAAGGCCGGUCGUACGUUCUUCAUGUACACGUCGACUAUCGGCGCAAGUUUGCCUGUUAUUGAUACCCUUGGCAACAUCUUGCGCACGGGUGACCGAGUGCUUAGCAUUGAGACGUCGUUGAGUGGAUCCAUGAACUUUGUUGCAAACGAGGUGAUGAAGGGCAAGAAGCUCUCGGAAGCUGUUGGGGGAGGUGCUCUGCAGAGGCUACUGCGAGCGUGA